AUGCCACUCUAUAAAGGUUAUUGUGACAUGUCACAUAAAAGUCAAAUGGAUAGCUGUAUACUAGCGAUGUCGUCAUCGGGGAAGACAAAGGGCCCCCAAUGUCGUGUCUGUGGAGAUGAGGCCUCAGGGUUCCAUUAUGGAGUUGACUCGUGUGAAGGUUGUAAGGGUUUCUUCCGUCGCUGUAUUACCCAGGGGAUGACCCACAGGUGCUCUAAUGACGAGAAAUGUGAGAUUACUCCGUUCAGUCGUAAUAGUUGCCAGUACUGCCGACUAAAAAAAUGUUUUUCUGUUGGAAUGUCUCGUGAAGCUUCAAGACUCGGAAGGCGUCCAAAAAGAUUAAAAGAAGUUGGGAAUGAUCAUCAAGCACCCCGGCAACACCCUAUAAGUCCAACUAUUGCCCCCUACCCGCCCAUCACAGCCUUACGACUGGGCCGUCUCACUAUGGCAGAGGUCCAAAGGAUGUUAGCAGCUAACGGGAAUAAUGGAAAGAGACCAGAACUGCUACCAGAGUUUUUCUUCUCAGAUAAGGAAUUUGCCCAAAUGAGUAUGUUUGACAUACCGGAGCAUCAGGGUAACCAAAGUGACCCAAAUCUUGUAGUUAAUAAUUACAGUCCGGUUGAUACACCUUCUAGUACGACCAGUCGCUCCCCCGUAGGGGCCUCCACUACGAUGAGCCAUCUCCCCCCUAAUGAUAUAGUAAUCAAAUCUGAGGCAUCCCCGCACUCAGCAUGUAUGAACAUGAAUAGUAUGGGAAAUAUGAGCAGCCUCUCCCCAGGGAGUAGUUAUCAUACCACCCCCCAAGCACAUACCCCUAGCCCUAGUAGUAUGCUAUAUGGUGGGGCCACAAAUGGUAUGGCGCCAUCCACCAUAAGCCACACACAGACUCUAUCAGCUACCCAGAGCUCAAUGGGUAAUCCCUCUAUGGGAGCCUCAAGUAUCCCAUCAGGGGCUCCCUAUGGUACAACCCAGCCAGUUCACCGGCCUAUAAAACAAGAACAAUUGAGUGAUGAAGGAAUAUGUGCCUCUAAAUUCCCAUGUAUGGUAUCUGAGCUUCCUCCACAAUUUGGUCUGGGCUCAAUCACUAAACAACUAGAUGAAUUGAAACUUAGAGACAUUAGUAAAGAGCGGCAAAUGCUGAUUGACAGUGUUUUGCAAACAGUGCUUUCGGCACAUAUGGAUACAUGUGCUUUCACUAAACCUAAACUUGAGGUGGCCUUCGAAAAAUAUGAAGCAAAUAAGUUUCAUAUGCCUGAUGCCACUCACUUGCCACCCAACCAUGUUUGGGAUGAGAAGUUCAUGACCAACAUGGUCCCUGUAAUAACUAGAGUUGUAAAGUUCUGCAAAAGAUUACCAGGGUUCCAAGAGUUGAUCCAAGAAGACCAGAUUCGGCUUAUCAAACAGGGGUCUUUUGAGGUUUGCCUGGCUCGUUUUGUCCCUCUAGUGGACAAGGAUACAGACUCCAUGUUUGACCCAAAUGUUGAAAUAAAAAUACCAAGGAAAAUGGUUGAGAUGUUACCUAUGGGUAAAUUCUUGAAUGAAUUCUUCAAUUAUGCUGCGAUAGUGAACCCGCUGUUGAUGUCUGAUUCUGAGACUGCACUACUAACCACUGCUCUUAUACUGUGCCCAGAUCGUCAUGGACUGAAGAACAAGAAGGCUGUAUACAAGCUGCAAGGUCUCUACCUACAGGCAAUGACUCAACACAUAGCAAGGCUACACCCAGAGGAUAGUGACCGUAUGAACAAGAUCUUGGAUACCAUCCCCCCUCUACGAAGCAUCAAUGACAGACACGCUAAGUCGCUAAAUGAAAUGAAAAUGAAUGCCCCUGAAAGUUUGAGUCAAAUGCCCGAACUACAUGCACAAGUGUUUGAUGGUAAAAUCUAAACCAUUGCAGAUUCUUCGAGGAAAGUAAGCUGUUUAGAUGCUAUUUUCACACUAAGUGUGAAAUUAAUUAAGUGAAAUAGUAAUUUUCAUCAGCACCUAUCGGAAGAAUGCACACUUUGCGGGAUAAUUCAGUCCGACUUACAUCAAGAGAUGUUUUAGUGCGCCAUAUGUACAGGAAGUGAAUUUUCAGCAAACUUCGGUACAAACUCCGUGCAGUAUUUCGUAACUUGUUUUAGUUGAAAAUGAUCUUGGAUUGCUGUGGACUUAAAGAGUAAUGUACACUUGUAGUGUUCUACACUUAGUACAGUUCACAAGAAUAGCUGUACAUGUACACUUUGGAGUUCUGUACACUGACUACAGUUCUCUGCACUUGAGUACACUUGGAAUAUUGUACAUUUACAGUUUACUUAGAGUACCGUACACUUUAAGUGUUUGGGGGACGAUACCUCGAGUGUUGAACACUUGGACUAUAGUACUCUUAGAGUGCUGUACAGGGAGAAUAGAGUACACUUACUGG